AUGCCAACGGCUCUCAUGUACCGCGCCUGCUUCACGAGGCGGCUCGAGUCCUCGGUGACGGCGCAGACAUGGACAAGACGAGCGGCCUUUCUGUCAAUACGACUCAACCACGGGCACGACCGGUCAAUAUUCGCUCGGAGAUAUCAUGCCACGGCUCAAUCACCGCUCCCCGAUAGCGAACCUUCAAUACUUGCUCAAUUGCGGCCCCGUAAUGCAUCUCCGAACCCCUCCGAGCCCACCGUAGUGUCCGAGGCAUAUUCAGAACCACCAUGGAGGCCCGAACAAGGUCGAGACGACGCAGAGGCGCAUGCUGAGGAGUACGAGGAAGAAUUGAGGGAGGAGAAUAGUCCUUCUGGGACCUCUCAAGAUCCAAGUUUCUUCCAGCGCAGGGCUAAAAGGGCAGAGAAGGCAAAGAAGCUGGCCGAGGAUCGUCGCAAAAUGAAGUUGAAGCUGAAGCGAAAAAAGACGAUAGCCGAUCAAUGGGCUUACCUACGCUCUCAGACUCCCGCCUCCGAGUUGGUGGCUGUCAGGUCACGGUUCAAUUUCUGGAAGCGGAAAAUGCUUAUGAUCGAGACACCCGCAAACCCGAGCUCGUGGCCGUGGCGAGAUGACGGUAAAUGGCUGUUUGGGCUAGGGAGCUUCUCGGUCAUGCAGAAGGCGUGGCAGGAGCUCGAUGUCGAGACUCGGAGGGAAAAGUGGCCGACAGUCAUGUUGUCUACAAUGCAUCUUUGUCCAGAAAAGGCACCACAGGUCCUCGAGGCUACCUUGGAUCCUCUCCCUCCUGGGUAUGCCGCCUCCGACGUGGCACAUUUUUGCAUUACAAACUUCAAGCUGGAAGAUAUCAAGGUUCAUCGAGACCGUGUUUCAAAAGCUGACGAGUUGCUCGAGCUGUUUGCCAAGUUGGCAGAGGACCUUCCACGCGGCCAUGUGCCGUUUCGCCAGCAUACCCUUGGUCAUAUUGCCAAGAGACUCCCUGUUGAGCAAGCAGCUGAGAUGUACCAAAUUCUACAUCGUUCGGGCAUCAAGAUGCACUCCUAUACCCUCCUGCAGUUCGCGAGCAAGCUUUCAGAAAGUCUAGCUCACAAAGAAAGGGCUUUUGAGAUCCUGCGUCAUAUUGCCGAAGAGGGGCACGACCUCAACUCUGCACCUGUGGCGAGUGUCAUUACGACACUGCUACACACAAAGCAAGAAGGAGAAGCGUGGACCAAGACAGAAGAGGACACCUUCUCGCCACAACGAGCAAUGGAGUACUUUCUAGAAAAGGGCUUCUCUGCCAAUCUGGUGAGCUUCACAGCCUUGAUCGAGUCACUCUGCUCUCAGGGCGAUAUCGCCGAGGCUGUCCGGCUCCCGCUCCUCCUAGCAGAGAACGGAGCUGAACUUGAUACCCGAUGCUACACAACUGUUUUCAGGGGUGCCAAGAACAGCCUCAAGGCAUCCAACGUACGCCUUGCUCUUGAUGUCGCUCGAGCGGCCAAGGUGCCCUACGUGGAUGUGCUCAACAACACGCUCCACUCCAUCUUCUUCUUUGCAGAGAUGGAAUGUCGAGAGAAGAAAUACCCGGCUCCAUGGGUCCUCCCCCUAUUCGGACAGAUGCUUCGAAUCUACGUCAAGAAGUUUGACCUGGAGCCUCUGCAAUGGCUGUUGCCAGAUACACUACCCCUGAUCUUGGGGCAGGAUAACGUGGACGGCACUGAAAAGUUCAGAUCUGGUCCUCGGAGAGAUUGGGAGUUCAAGAGAACCAUCGUGCCUGUUGUCGACGAGUUCUUUGAAACAAGCGGAGGACCUCGACUAAAGCCCAACGCGCAGACUCUGGCCAUUAUGCUACGCGCAUACAUCAAGAGUCUCUACCGACCUUAUGACUUGAUGACAUUCUAUACCUUCUUCAAGUCCCGUCUGGAAGAGCAGGGACCCGAGAGGAACUGGGCUACUGAGGUGGUAAAGGAUCAGGGGAGCGUGAUACAUGACACGCUGAUCCUGGUGAUGCUUGAGCGGAGAGCUCUACAACGGCCGGCGUUGCAAGUCUUUGGCGACAUGCUUCGUUCCUCUUUGUACUCGAGACCGAAAGAAGAGGACAAGGCAGCAGGGGUGAAUUCCGACGAGGCACCCGUUCACCCGGCUCCCAACCUAUUCACCUUUAGCAUUCUCAUACACGGCUUGAUAAUGAGGGGGGAGAAAAUGCUGGCUGAGCAGGUGCUCCAGGCCAUGCAGGAACAUGGUUUGGAGCCCAACAUUGUGACAUGGAACACACUCGCCAAGGGCUACGCCUCGAUGCAGAAUCUAUCCCAGACGGUGGGCACUUUACAGGACCUCGAGGCAGCCGGGUUCAAGCCCGACUUGCACACGUUCAAGGCAUUUGCGCGACUCCGGGAUCAGACCCGGGCGCUCAAGACGAUGGAGAAGAUCAUUGACGCCAACAAAAGGCGGAUGGAGCAAGAUCGGGCUCGGUAA